AUGGAUGAGGAGGAGGAAGCCCCAGUACCUGAUACCCCAGACUUUCAUGCCCCAGAGGCACCAGCAGAGGCCCCUAACCUAGAGGCCCCAGAGGCCCCUGUAGAUCCCCCAGUAGAGGGUGGUGUGGAGGCUGGAGGAGUUCAGCCAUCCAGAGAUAGCCGUAAACUGGACUGUAUCAUUUGCUUCUGUGCCUUCAACCUGACUGAGAGGCUGCCACGCAAGCUCUACUGCGGCCACACCUUCUGCCAGGCCUGCCUGAGACGCCUUGACACCAUCCUCAAUGAGCAGGUGGGUCUGACUGAUUGUCACAACAGCAGUCCUACAGAGGCAGCAUCUCUGGUCAAUUAGGGACUAUAAAAAGUAAAAGAUCUUUGGACCACUUUCAGAAUAGCUCAAACAGACUGGCCUAUGUCCCAAAGGCAAGCUAUUAGCUUGUUCCUUUGAUUUCGUGAAAGUGAUUUGAUAAAGGGGAGACCUGAUUUGUUAGGAUCAGCCAAUAUGCAUAAUCUCAAAUUAAUUUGACCAAUCCUGAAGAGCAACGGAUUCCUUCCAGACACUUUCGAAGAGGAAUGCUGUAUUGAGAUCUCAUUAUUAGCUACAGCAGUCAUUACUAUUAGCCUACCUAAAAAUCUAUAACGGGAUUGACGAACCAACGUGUCCCAAUCAACCCUGCUCUCUCUCCUACUCCCCAGCAGAUGUGGAUCCCCUGUCCACAAUGCCGGCAGAAUACCCCGCUACCUCGCGGGGGAGCUACAGCCCUGGACCUGGACCUAGCAUCUUUCCUGGGGGUCAAGGCUGACAUGCACAGCCAGAGGUCCAGCCCCCGGCAGGGAGGAAGAGAACUAAGCAACCAGCUGGAGCACAAGCCCUCCUUUGGGAAGCAGUCCAUCAUAGAGCAGCCUCAGGCCACCUGGAACCAUGGAGGACUGGCUGAGCCUCGCUUCCACAGGAGCCCCUGCUGCAGGCGCUUCUUCUGCUGCUGGUGGUGCUGCUAG